AUAAAACUUCUGAACCUGAAUUUGGAAGUGAAACGGCUCUGGAAUUUGUGCAAUGGACAAAUCUGUAUUUGUACAGAAGAUCUUGAGGAGCAGAAAUUGUGAGUGAUAAUUGCAAAGUAAAAAACUAAAGCAGCCAUUAGAAUCAGGGGAUUAAGACAGUAAUCAAACAGUUACAAAGAAGAUAAAAACUAUUGUACCUCGUUGAAAGAGAUGGAUAUAACCUACUCGAGGCUGUUGCCCUGGUACUGCGAUCAUGAUAAGGAUCCAGCUAUCACCACUCUUCAUAUUACUGAAAAACCCGCUUCAAUUUCUAAGAGAAAUCGCUAACCAAGAAAGGUUGGGAAAUAGCUCCAUCAAAUGGAAUUACAGGGCAAAGAAGGAAAAGCCCCAGCAACCACAAUUCACGAUCUUGAUGAAAACAGGAACAACGUUUCUGCUUUGUCAUCCUCAGCCGCCAGCAAUCACAAUGCCAACAGAACUUUGGCUCAGUACAAUGCUGAUGCAAGACUGAUGGCUGAGUUUGAGCAGUCUGGUAUGUCUGGUAAGGUUUUUGACUACUCUAAAUCAGUUCCUGAGUCGCAGAUUCCAAGUACUGAAGAGCAAAUGAUCGCUUAUUUAUCAAAAAUCCAGAGGGGUGGCCUUGUGCAGCCCUUUGGUUGUUUGCUUGCAAUUGAGGAGCCCAAUUUUAGUAUCACAGCUUAUAGUGAGAAUUGCUUUGAUAUGCUGGGUUUGAAGAGUCUUUUUGAGUCGAAAGAGUCGAUGAGUCUGAUCGGUAUGGAUGCAAGAACCCUUUUUACCCCAUCUUCUAGGACUUCAUUGAUGAAAGCUGUUGCAUCAAGGGAAAUAUCUUUCUUGAACCCAAUCUGGGUUCACUCUAGGACUAACAAUAAACCAUUUUAUGCUAUAUUACAUAGAAUUGAUGUGGGCACUGUGAUUGAUUUGGAGCCUGCUCAUUCUGUUGGUGCUGAAAUGCUGCAUGCUGGUGCGUUGCAUUCCCAGAAACUAGCUGUGAAGGCGAUAUCGAGAUUACAGUCACUUCCUGGUGGUGAUGUUGGGGUUUUGUGUGACACCGUAGUAGAAGAUGUCCAAAGACUUACAGGGUAUGAUAGGGUUAUGGUUUAUAGGUUCCAUGAAGAUAAUCAUGGCGAGGUUGUGGCGGAAAUUAGAAGGUCUGACUUAGAUCCCUAUCUGGGAUUGCACUAUCCAGCAACAGAUAUUCCGCAAGCAGCACGCUUCUUGUUCAAGCAAAAUCGUGUUAGGAUGAUCUGUGAUUGCAAUGCUCCACCAGUACGUAUAGUCCAAAGUAAAGAACUGAAGCAGCCUCUUUGUUUGGUUAAUUCUACGCUUCGUUCGCCUCAUGGCUGUCAUAAUCAGUAUAUGGCCAACAUGGGGUCUAUUGCCUCAUUGGUCAUGGCAGUUGUCGUCAAUACUGGUGACUCAAUGAAACUAUGGGGAUUGGUAGUGUGCCACCACACUUCACCACGUUAUGUCCCUUUCCCCCUUCGAUAUGCAUGUGAGUUCUUAAUGCAGGCCUUUAGCCUGCAGCUUCAUAUGGAGCUUCAGUUAGCAUCACAACUUGCAGAAAAGAAGGUCCUCCGUACGCAAACCCUAUUGUGUGAUAUGCUUCUUCGUGAUGCUCCAUUUGGCAUUGUCACUCAAUCCCCUAAUAUCAUGGAUCUUGUGAAUUGCGAUGGGGCUGCAUUAUAUUAUGGUGGGAAGUCUUGGUUACUUGGUGUCACUCCUACUGAGGCACAAUUGAAGGAUAUUGCAGAAUGGCUGGUUAAGAGCCUUGGGGACUCCAUGGGGUUAAGUACAGAUUGUCUUGCUGAUGCUGGCUAUCCGGGAGCAGCUCUCCUGGGUGAUGCAGUUUGUGGCAUGGCUGCAGCAAGAAUUGCUUCAGCUGAUUUUAUAUUUUGGUUUAGGUCUCACACGGCAAAGGAAACCAGAUGGGGAGGUGCUAUGCAUCAUCCAGAGGACAAAGAUGAUGGUGGAAAAAUGCACCCCAGAUCUUCAUUUAAUGCUUUUCUUGAAAUAGUUAAACGCCGAAGUUUGACUUGGGAGGAUGCAGAGGUUAAUGCAAUUCAUUCUUUGCAGCUUAUAAUGAGGGAAUCCAUUCAGGGGAUUGAAGAGAGGGGUCCUAAGCCCAUCAUAUAUUGUCAACAGAAUGGUCGAGACAGCCCAAAGCUGGACCAACUUACUUCGGCAGCAGUUGAAAUGGUCCGGUUAAUAGAUACAGCUACUGCUCCAAUUUUUGGGGUUGAUCCAUCUGGUUUGAUAAAUGGGUGGAAUGCCAAAAUGUGUGAGUUGACAGGACUAGAAGUGCCUGAAGCUCUAGGGAAGUCCCUAAUUAAUGAUGUUAUUCAUGACGACUCACGAGAAGUUGUUGAGGAACUUCUGACCAGAGCUCUAGAAGGUGAGGAGGACAAUAAUGUGGAGGUGAAGCUGCUGAAGUUUGGGAAACAUGCUCCAAACUCGGUCAUAUACCUUCUGGUUAAUGCAUGCACUAGUAGGGACUACCAAAAUGAUGUUGUUGGUGUAUGCUUUGUGGGCCACGAUAUCACUGCUGAGAAAACUGUGAUGGAUAAAUUCAUCCGUUUGCAAGGAGAUUAUAAGGCUAUAAUAGAAAGUCUAAAUCCAUUGAUUCCACCCAUAUUUGCUUCUGAUGGGAAUGCAUGUUGUUCUGAGUGGAAUGCAGUAAUGGAAAAUCUGACUGGUUGGACGAGGCACGAGAUAAUUGGGAAAUUGCUGCCUGGGGAAGUGUUUGGAAGUUUCUGUCAACUAAAAAGUCGGGAUGUACUCACUAAACUUAUGAUUCUUUUGUACCGAGCUAUUAGCGGCCAUGACACUGAAAAAGUUCCUUUUGGCUUUUACAAUCGGAAAGGAGAGUAUGUUGAGGUGUAUUUGACAGCAAAUAGGAGAGCAGAUAAGAGCGGGAAUAUACUUGGCUGUCUCUGCUUCUUGCAGACAGUAGCCAUUAAUCAAAAGGUGUCUGCAGUAGACAAGCUGGAUGAGAGCCAAUAUAUAUCAAAGCUGAAUAAGUUGGCUUACAUUAGGCAGGAGGUGAGGAAUCCUCUGAACGGAAUCCGUUACACCCACCAACUCCUGGAAGGGUCAGCCCUUUCAGAUAAUCAAAAGCAAUUUCUUGAGACCAGUGAUGCUUGUGAAAGGCAGAUGCUAUCCAUUAUCGAUGAUGUGCAUCUUGGAAGUUUAGAGGAGGGCAACAUGGAGCUAAAAGUGGAAGAGUUUCUUUUGGUAAAUGUCAUCAAUGCUAUUCUCAGUCAAGCCAUGAAUUUGUUAAGAGAAAAGAAGCUGCAACUCAUCCACGACAUCCCUGAGCAAAUCAAGACUCUCCGUGUAUAUGGUGAUCAAAUUAAGCUUCAGUUAGCCUUAUCUAAUUUGUUGCUUACCAUAGUGGACUACGCUCCUUCUCCAGACGGUUGGGUGGAAAUUAAUGUCUCCCAUGGACUGAAGCUGAUACAAGAUAGAAACGAGUUCGUUCAUCUACAAUUCAGAAUGUCUCACCCAGGGGAGGGCAUUCCUUCUGCUCUCAUCGAAGAAAUGUUUGGUGCCAAAAAUCAUUCGGCUACACAAGAAGGACUUGCUUUGAACCUAUCCCAGAAAAUUGUCAGUAUGAUGAAUGGUAGUGUACGUUAUAUUAGUGAUGAAAGCAAAUGUUGCUUCCUGGUAGACCUUCAACUUAAGUUGUGGAAAUCAAGGUGACACUUUGAGCUCCGACCAUGUAAUUGUGAAGAAGAUAGAACAGUUUGUCCAUGUUAACACGCUGGUAAAUUUAGAUGAA